GUUGUUUGUGCGCACAGGUGAGCUGCUCACUGUCGCUGCGGAUCGGGGACAACAUGGGCAAACUUCAGGAGUUUAACAUCACGUUUGACAAAAACAAAGACGUGUACAGUCCGGGGGAGUCCAUCUCCGGGACCGUGAGCAUCAAAGUGGGCCAGCUGCUGCAGUGUAAAGCCAUCAAAGUGAACUGCAAUGGUUUCUGCGGCAUCACCAGUAAGGUAAACGACACGGCAUGGACUCUGGAAGAACAGUACUUCAACAGCACCAUCUCUGUUGCAGACAAAGGAACCCUGAAACAAGGAGAACACACCUUUCCCUUCAAGUUCCUCAUACCAGAGUCUGCCCCGACAUCUUUUGAAGGAAACUAUGGAAGGAUCAUUUACAGAGUGAGAGCUUUUAUCAACACUCCACGCUUCGCCAAGGACUACAACACAGAGAAAGCUUUCUACUUGCUGUGCCUCCUGAACCUGAACAAAGUGCCCGACAUAUGGGAGCCCAGUUCCUCUGCAGUGACGCAGCAGUUCACCUACAUGCUGGUGAAAACAGGGACCGUGGUCCUGAAUGCCCAGACGGACCUGAAGGGUUACACACAGGGCCAGAUCAUCCAGGUGUUGGCCCAGAUCCACAACCAGUCCGGGAAAUCCACUGGCAACAUGGCGGCCAGUCUGAUGCAGAGAGUGACCUAUGAGACGAAGAGGCCCACCCACGAUGUGAGGACCAUAGCGGAGGUGGAGGGCGGAGUGGUGAAGGCUGGCAAGGAGUCGGAGUGGAAGGAGCAGAUCAUCGUCCCUCCUCUUCCUCAGUCCUCCCUCAUUGGCUGUGAUCUUAUCAAGAUGGACUAUUAUGUCAAAGUCUGUCUGAAGUCUCCAGACGUCAUGUUGAUGUUGCCCAUCCACAUCGGGAACGUCUCGCUGGACAAAAAGCUGCGCUCUUCUAAGAAAGCAGCUGCUGCCUGUUCUGCUGAAGACACACAAGAAUCUGCUAACCCCCCCUCCACCAGCACCACCACCCCCCCUCUGCCCCCUCGCACUGCCCCCAAACCUGGUCCACGUCCCACCCCUCGCUCCAGGGCGUCCUCCCAUAACCCCCACAGUGCUCCUCCGGCUGACUCACCCCAGGGAGCCGAGGGGGGGGCUCCCAUGAACGAUGGCCUUCCAAACAAGCGCCAGUCUCAGCUGGUGUCCCCCAAUGCUUUCAGCUACGCUCCCGGCCUCUUCUUCUCCCAGAACCAGCAGCACAACGGGCCAAGCCCAGCCCCCCCUGGGUCCACGGGGGCCACAGCACCGUACCCCCCUGAGAGCAGCGCCAGCUUAAUGCCAACACCACUCAUCCUGCCUCCAGACUACGGCGCCUCAGCUUAUCCACAAGAGGCUCCCCCUUCCUAUGAUGACAGCUUCAACACAUGAAGAGGAUGAAGAGGCAGCAACCACCAAGGAAACCAUCAAACUAAUAUCCCCUGGUAUAAUGAGGGAACUUUACCUACCUGUCAAAGGACUUUCUAAAUGUCAGGUUAUCAACAUUUUGAAUUUUAAUGAAACUGGACUGACCUCACACUCUGCUGCCCAGUGAACAAAUACCUUUAAUAAUCUAAAGGGGUUAGUCUUUCUUCAAACUACAGCCAAUCAACACUGUCGGUCCUUUUUGGUAUGCUUUUGCACUUUGAAGGGAAUCUGCAGAUUUUAUUUGCUGUUUGAGCAGGAGUCAUGUUAUUAGUAGGGGGUUAUUUAGAAGUCCCUCAGAUGGCGUCUGUGAUGUCAAGUUCGGAGGUUUUAUGUACGGAAACCUGUGCAAAACAAACAUCUCAUUUAGUCUAUUAUCAUAUUUUUUCCAGAAGAAUAAUAGGAAAGGAAUCUGUGGGUUUUUACUUGAAACAGGGGGAUCAUCUUCUGGCACGUCUUUUCAUUUAAUCUGAGUUUCAAUAACACUAGAUUUAAUGGUUUGGUUGAAAAUAUUUGUUUUAUUUGCUUUUGAUCAGGAGUUUUUAUGUUAAGAUGAUAAGGAUAAUCCAGAUAUUGCUCUUGUCUAAAUAUAUCUUCAUAGGGCUAUAAUGCAUGAUACAUUUUGGCCUUUUAAGAUUUUUGCCAUGUUUGAUCCUUUUUUACUUUUGUGCCCUUGCACUAUGUUGUGUUGUGAUUGUGUUGGUUCUUUAUACACCAGACAUACUUUUUUAAAUUUCUUUUAGCAGCAUCACUGUGAUUUCAGGUUGUAUAAGCAGGUAUUGAUGUAGUUCAAAUCUUCUGUCUUGAUACUUUUUUUAAUAGAUUUUAAUAUUUCUUGAUAAAGUUAAAUCCUUCACACAUUCAUAAGACAACAUUAUAUUUAUUUAUUGUCUCAGUGUUCUAAACUGCUGUCUGGAUUUGAAUAAAUCUGUUAAAACCAA